UUGUUUUGACAGCUCAAAAAUUUUGGUACCUACAACUUUAGUUUUCUUACUGCAAUAAUUCUAAAAGCUAGUCAGUUUAGUGUUAUUUAUGUUUAAAAGUCACGAAUCAUUUUAUUAUUUUUAAGAAUAUUUAGUUAGCAUACAAUGAUAACGCUUAAUAGAAAGUUAAAAAAGGAACAUACGGAGACGACCAAUGGGGUUAAAAUUGAACCUAUAAAAAGAAUAUCUGUUAGAGACAAGUUAUUGGUAAAAGAAGUGCAAGAAAUGAAUGAAAAUCUUCCUGUAACGUGUUCUGUACAUUUUGAAGAUCCUAACGUUUUAAACGAAUUUAUUUUAACUGUAGCUCCUGAUGAGGGUUACUGGUGUGGGGGCAAAUUUAAAUUUAGUGUAUUUGUUACCGAAGAUUAUAAUAUGGCGCCUCCAAGAGUAAAAUGUCUUACUAGACUGUGGCAUCCCAAUAUAAAUCUGGAUGGAGAAAUAUGUUUAUCAUUACUUCGUCAAACCUCUAUAGAUGAACAUGGCUGGGCACCGACUCGACGGCUUAAGGAUGUAGUUUGGGGUCUUAAUUCAUUAUUUACUGACUUACUAAAUUUCGAAGAUCCCUUAAACAUAGAAGCAGCAGAAAUGUACAAAGUGAAUAAAAUUGAGUUUCAUUCAAAGGUUGUAGAGUAUAUCGCAGUGUCGAAAGCCAAGAGAUGAGAAAAGUUCUUCCCCGUUAAUUUUAAUAACAAUCUUUAGCUAUUAUAGAGGACUUCACACAUCCACAGAUUUUAUUGUGUAUUGUUAGGCAUAGUGUAAUGAAUACUCCAAAACAGUGAUAACUUUAAACUAUGUAAAAUUAUAAAUAAUAACUGUUGACCUAUACAUAAUAUUUGUUGGUGUUCUUUGUAUUUCCAUCGAGAACUGACUAGGUAAUAAAGUAAGUUAUGAAUUUAAAUGUUUGAUGUAAUAUUUCACUUGUACAAGAGGGAAGCAAUAAUAUUAUGCGACAGAGCGGUUGGAUUAAAUCUGAAAAAAAUAGAAACUGUUGUUAACAUUGUUGCAGGUUAAUUUGUCUGGUUUAUUUCUCAAUUUGCCUCUAGAACUAUGCACUUUAUAUAUUUGAAUCAUCAUAAAUACUUGUUAUAAUUCUGUGGCCUAAUGCUGAAAUGCCCAAUAUCAAUAAUCCUCACUUUUGGUAAUUAAAAUAGAUACAAUGAAUAGAUGUCGCCUGUUAAAUAUGUGGUUUUUUGUGUAUUAGUAAUACCAAGUUUAUGCUGUUUUAGCGUAAAAUUAUAUUUAUUAUAAAUGAUUCGACAAAUGGCAAAAUGUUUUAGUAAAAAACGUAUUUUCGCCUUUUUAGAACCAGGUCGUAGAAUUAUUUAUGAUCAUUGUGAUGAUAAUAUAAUUAUAAUUAUUUGUAUAUGAAGCUGUAAUGGAGUAUAAUGGCUAUUGUUGAUGCACUAUUUAAAACAAACCUACAACUAUAUUUUUGGCCAAUGUUGUUUAUUUUGUCCAAUAGAUUUUUACAAUGAUUACCAAAAUUAAUUAAAAUAAAUGUAUAAACUAUAUAAACCAUUGUAAUAACUAGUAACAAUCUCCUAAUAACUAUCAAAAUCUCAAUUCAUGAUUAAUUUAACCUGUUAACAAUCAAAGUGAUGUUAUACGCUACGUAAUUCUUUAAACUUUAAUUAUAUCAUUUAAAUAGAACCAUGUGGACUCUGAAUGUCGUCUAUAUGUUUAUACUUAAAUGACAAUGUUUGAUUAAGAGGUUGCAAAAUGGUCGAGUGUUUCUUCGCAGUUUAUGCCAAACUUAUCCCCCUGGGCCCAGACAACCAGCUGACAUGUUAUUUUUAGAAAAUAGACAGUAUUAUUGACACUGACACAUGAAGGCACGACAUCAAGUAGCGAAAACAGAAACCAAUUUCUCAGUUUAUUAAAUAAUUAACAUUUAUAACAAUUAUGCAACUCCUAAGGGUAAUAAAUUAUACAUUCUUAUAAUUUUUAAAUUAUUUAAGAAGUCCAUUCUCAUAGUGCUAAAGUUAUGCUGUUUUCAAAAACUAAUUUUGUCGCCCGCAAGUAUAUUAUUAUUUUUUUUAUUUUAUUAUUUAUGUACGAAUGAUGUUCUUAAUACAUUACAAAAGAAAGCUUAUAUAUCUAUAAGAGAUUUCUUCCAGCUACCUAAGAGUGUAUGUAAUAUUGGGUUUGUCAAAAUAUAUCUGAUAAUUUAUAAUAUCAUAAUAAUAUUUUGGGUGAAUAUUGUUAAAAAUUUUAACGAAAUUCUCCUACAGGGUUCUACACCCGGUCAAUGGAAGAAUGCGAUUGUCACGAUACUUUAUAAGAAAGGCGACAAAACAAAACUGACAAACUACAGUCCAAAAAGCCUUCUCUCUCAGGUCUACAAACUGUUUGCUAAAGUCCUGUGCCACCGACUCGCUAACACCCUCGACGAAUAUCAACCUAUCGAGCAAGCUGGCUUCCGGAGUGGAUACUCAACUAUGGACCACAUCCCUACUGCUAGCUACCCUAGCUGUCAAGCAGCUAAUGAAGAAGUGCAAUGAGUAUAACCGACCCCUGUGCUUUGCCUUCGUUGAUUACGAGAAGGCUUUCGACAGUGUCGAACAUUGGGACGUGUUUCAAUCUCUCUAUCGCUGCGGUAUUGACAAGCGAUACGUAGGUAUCCUCCGAGAGCUGUACAAAUUCGCGACUAUGCAGGUGCGUAUGCACAAAAACACCAACCUCGUGUCUGUUGACAGAGGGGUCCAACAAGGCGAUAACCUCUCGCCGAAACUCUUUAAUACCGUCUUAGAAGAUCUGUUGAAGACGCUGGAUUGGAGGGAGAGAGGUAUCAAUAUAAACGGAACACGCAUGACGCACCUUAGGUUCGCGGACGACUUGAUUCUUGUCGCCGAGAGCACCAAAGAACUUCAACUUAUGUUAGCAGAUCUGCAAGAAGUUUCACUGAGGAUCGGUCUGAGGAUGAACAUGUCCAAGACUAAUCGCCACAUACGUGCACCUAUCAUAAUCGUAGGUAAGGACACCGUACAGGUGGUCAGCGAUUAUAUCUAUCUUGGACAUCGUUUAUCAUUUGAUCGAAAAUCUCAAAUACAGGAGAUCGAACGACGUAUUGGAUUAGGGUGGGCUGCUUUUGAAAAGCUCGAAGAUACGUUGACAUCCCAACUCCCAUAAUGCCUCAAGACCAAGGUGUUUAACCAAUGUGUCUUGCCUAUAUUCACCUACGGUGCCGAAACAUGGACGCUUACUAAGCAUAACAUGCACAAAAUAAAAGUGACACAAAGGGCGAUGGAGCGUGCUAUGCUAGGCAUCUCCCUUGUUGAUCGUGUACCAAACGCAGAAAUCCGACGAAAGACAAAAGUCGAAGAUAUUGGGAAGCGUAUUACGAGGUUAAAGUGGAGAUGGGCUGGACACUUGGCCAGACGAGAAGACGGAAGGUGGACUAAAGUCGUCACGGAGUGGUGGCCUAGAGAAGCAAAAAGGCCAGUGGGCAGACCACCCGCCCGAUGGUCAGACGAUUUUAAGAAGAUGGCGGGCGCUCAAUGGAUGCGACUAGCACAGGACCGGGAGAACUGGCGCGCCUGUGAGGAGGCCUAUGUCCAGCAGUGGAUUAAUGUGGGCUGAAUAUGAUGAUUGUCAAAAUAAAUAAUAUUUAUUAUAUCCGCUCAAACCCAGACCCCAUUUAUGACGUUCCUGUUUUUAGUGUAUAAAGAGCGCUUAAGUGGACCGACUAGUUUUUGCCUUUGCUAUGCCUGUACAUACUAUAAUUUUAUUAAUCUGAAUAACUUUAAAUGGUUUCCAUUUACUAAUAUUUCGGAAGCAAAAUUUCAUUUAUUUAUUUAAAUAUUGUAUUAAAAAAGCGAAUGAAUUGAUAUCAACAAUUCCGUACAUUUUAAAUUAAUUUGAAAAAAUGAUUAAAUAAUGUACAGAAAAUAUGUUAGUGUUAAAUGUAUUUAAAUAAUAUUCAUAUGAAUCAUCAUUUUGUAUGAUUGUUAAUAUAAUGAGAAAACAAAGCAAUAAACAGAUAUAUAUUAUGGUAAUGAAAUAGCUAAAAGUAAUCAAUAUAAAAGUCUUUGAUAUCAAUAAUGUAGUUUUUAUUUCUGCAUAUCAAUUUGUCCUAUGUAAAUGGGCUAUUUAUCAAUUUUAUAGUAGUAUAGCCCUUGAGCAGAUUUUGCUGACGGUACGAACUCAAAGUAAAAAGUAUUCAAGUAAAACUCAAAAUCUUUAUUGUAUAUAGAAACGUUGCACUUGCUUAUUUAUUGACAAAAAUCUACCACCGGUUCGAAAAAAAAUAGCCUAGACCUUGAAAGAACC